CAAGGUGAUAGUCAUCCUUCGGUCAUCAUGAGCGUCACGAUUUAGAUCGGGAUUUUUAGGGUUUACACAAGCCUAUAACAUAUAUGGUGAUCGAUUGGCCGCCGGUUCCCCAUUUUAUUUGUGGCGUCACGUGAUCGGGACUAAAACCAAAACAAGAAUUCUGAAUCUAGAACCAAGGACGACUAUCAAAUGCAAGAAUCGCCUUGAUUUGGUUUUGACAACGGAGAAACCGAGGAGAAGCGCCGACGUGGAGAGAUCCAGAGCGCAGAGUACCUCCGCCGCCGCAUCCAUCUCCUGCAUCAAGCCCCAAAUCUGUAAGGAUAAGGACGAGGUAGAAGGAAAACCUAUCUUCCAGCUUUCGAAAAAAUUCAUGACACAAACUAGGACACUCACAUUCUACGGAAUGGAGGGCAACUCUGGCACUGCUGUGUACCCUAUGCACCGCUGCAAAACCAUACACCUGGUGAGGCAUGCUCAGGGUAUUCACAAUGUGGAAGGCGAAACGGAUCACAGUGCAUACAUGAAACCCGAGUUCUUUGACGCUCGCAUUACUCCUCUGGGCUGGAAGCAAGUUGACUGUCUGCGAGAGCAUGUGAAAAAAUGUGGACUUGCAAAAAGGAUUGAGCUGGUUCUUUGUUCCCCUUUACUGAGGACUAUGCAGACUGCAGUGGGGGUUUUCGGUGGUGAAAACUAUACUAACGGAGAAAAUGCACCUCCACUGAUGGUGGAAAAUGCUGGACAUAGUAAACGUCGUGCAAUUUCAAGUUUGAACUGCCCACCAUUUCUUGCGGUUGAGACCUGCAGGGAGCGCUUGGGUGUCCAUCCAUGUGACAAGCGGAGGAGCGUAACAGAAUAUCGUACUCUGUUUCCUGCCAUUGAUUUUUCAUUGGCAAGUUUCUUUCAUUGUAAAUUCAUGAAUUGCGUUGUGGACCUCUUCAUUUCCAAUGGUGUUCCAAACUAGCAAUGUUGUAUCAUUUAUAUGUACACGAUUUCUUUACAGAUAGAGAAUGAUGAUGAUGUCCUUUGGGUACCAGAUGUCAGAGAAACCUUUGAAUCACUCACAGAGAGGGGUAUGAAGUUCAUUGACUGGUUAUGGACAAGAGAAGAGAAAGAGAUCGCUGUCGUCACUCAUAGCGGUUUGUUAUGGCAUACCUUGCGCAUGUACAGCAAGGAGUGCCAUCCAACCGUAAGACAGGAAGUGAGCAAGUACUUUGCAAACUGUGAGCUUCUGUCGUUGGUGUUGGUUGACAGGAGUAUGCUUGGGUCAGAUUCCCCAAGUUGCAACUACCCAGGACAGAUUCCAACCGGACUCGAUCUGCCUAACGAUGUUGCGGAUAAGAAUCACCUUGAUGAAGCUCACAAGAUCUGAGCCUGCCUGAGACUGUUUAGUGUUUAGCGUUGAUACUUCGAUUCUUUUGUCAAUCCAUUUUGGCAUUUUUCAAGUUUCCAUUGAAUCGAAGAUAAACAUCUACAGAUAAGAGUCGUCUUCGGCGCAUGCUAUUUUCAUGUAUGGUGAUAGGAUUGAUACUCUUCUGUUGUUGAUACUUGAUAUCAAUUAUGCUUCAUCUA